AUGGGCAGUUCAAACAGCGAAGUCGAGGUCGUUGAUGUGGCAAUUGUUGGUGAUGCCAAACCUCAAAGUUUGGACCUUGGGCGUGCAGAUGCGUUGAACGCGCGAACACAGCAGUACUUGACAGUUGUUGGCAUUCUAGAUGAACUGCUGCCACAGGGUUUAAAAUGCAACACGAGCUCGACAUUCGGCGAAGGAGACUUCAUUUCUCGCCAGAACCAGUGGUGGGUGAGCCUUGAGCACACUCUUCAUAAGAAUUUCCUCAUGAUUGGCCAACCCGUUGUGGAGAAGAUCUUGAGCACUCAUUUGGAUGGUCUCGUGCACUAUGGUGAACAGGUAGAAUCUCUCAUCGAAAGCAAUGGGUUCGUCGAGAUAGUGACGAAGAGUGGACGGGCAAUCCGAUCCAAAUAUGCCCUGGGAUCAGAUGGAGCCAGGUCAACAAUACGAUCAGCUAUUGGGGCGACCUUUACUGGAAGCAAACCGGAAAUGCUCUGGGCGGUGCUGGAUACCUUCAUCGAUACAGACUUCCCCACAUGCCCAGAAAUCAUCACUUUCCAGUUGAACGGCCAGUCCAGAGUGUCCUGGAUCCCGCGAGAGAGAGGGCUGUGUCGAUUCUACGUGCUUCUUGAAGGAGAAGUGACGCAAGAGCGUGCUGAGGAGUCCAUCAAGAAACACUUGGCCCCAUAUCGGACCGACUUUGUCAAGACUGAGUGGUAUAGCACGUUUGAUGUCAAGGAGAGGAUCGCCUCUUCGUUCAUCUCCAGGGAUGGUGCGGGCCGUGUCUUCUUGGCUGGUGAUGCAGCCCACGUCCACUCGGUCAACGGGGGUCAAGGGCUGAACACAGGCAUUGCCGAUGCGUUCAGUCUCGCUUGGCGUCUGGCCCUUGUUCUCAAAAGCCCCCGUCUGCAGGAGGGCGCUGCAGGCAAGAUUCUCCGUAGCUAUGACAUCGAGCGCAGGCAAACUGCCCAGGGUGUCAUUGACGUUGCAGCAGCAUUGGUUCGGGACACUGUUCAUACCGCCAAACAAUAUGUUGGUACCAUUGAACGCAACGCGGGGUAUAUCACAGGAAUGGGCGUUGCGUACGAUGGCAUGGGAUCACCAACUGUGGAAGAAUCUGAGCACGGAAUCUGGAAGGCUGGCAAGAGAUGCCCUGAUGUUGUUUUGUCCGCGCCAGACAGUGAUGGUGAUAUUCGGCUAUACUCCCAGGUUACCUAUGGCAAGUAUCUGAUCUUGGCCAUUGGUAACCAUCCAGAACAGGCUCUUGCUCACGAGGAUGCUGCCGUGUUGUUCAGCAUCCUCCCCUCAUCGGCGACCGCCGAGAGCGUAGUCACGUCAAAGGCAAGAACUUUUACUGCGGACUGGACCGAAGCGGGCGAAUCCUACGCCGUGGUGGUUCGUCCUGAUAUGUAUAUUGGAUACGUGGGAGCGGACAUCGAGAGUUGCCAGCGAUACCUGGAUAGGCUCUUCAUCCGAUGAUGGUGC